AUGGAUGGCGCUGCUGCUAGAGGACGACUUGAUCUUGUGAAAUGGUUGUCAGUAACUCGGAGUGAGGGCUGCACGAUCGCUGCUAUUGACGGAGCUGCAAGGAACGGACACUUGAAAAUGGUCAAGUGGCUUUGCAAACAUUAUGUUAGGAGAUGCUCAAGUAAUGCUUUGAAUGCUGCAGCAGAAAAUGGUCAUGUCGAAGUGGUGAAGUGGCUCUGUCGCCAUAAUCGGGGACGGGACCCGUUUGCGCUUACCUAUGGGGUGCAAGCUAUUGCACGUACCGGCGACACGGACGCUUUACGAGCAAUUUUACGUGAGAACUGCAGCUGGUAUUACGUUGGUCGAGCUCUCGAAGAUGCCGCGUCUCAAGGAAUGGCUGACAUUGUGAAACUCCUGUUGACUAUAAACCUCAGACAAUCAAACGUUAGUCGCGCAUUGAACAACGCUGUGGUCAUGAAACACAUUGACAUUGUCAAAUCUUGGCUGAUCUCUGCUCGUCUUCAGAACUCCGAGACGCGUAUUCGCACUUGA